UCUUAACCCCACCUUUUGUCUCUCUCACACUUCUUUCUAAAAAAAAAAACGAUUCCGACAUGAAAAAUCCGAUACCCACUGAUUAAAAUCGGGUCUAAAUGUUUUUCUGACUAUAAAAAUAAAUUAAAAAAUGAACUGUUUUUGAAGCUUUACUCUCUGUUGGAAUUGGAAAUGGCAGACAGUGAGAGCCUCGAAGCUAUCCAUGUACGACAACUGCAAAAACGACAAGUUGGUGAAGAAAACGACGUCGCUUUACUAGACGAAGAAGAAUUAGAAAGCGACGACGAAGAAACUGAUGAAGUAGAAGGGAGUCAACUGGAUCAAUUUGCCGAGUUGCAUCAACAGCAGUUAUCGAGUACUCAAGUGGACGAUGAGCUGUGGGGGCCGCAAUUGGGAGGUUUACCGGCGGUUCCGUUACCGGAGAAUGAUCAGCGUGUAGCAGGUUUGAAGAAUAAGAAUAAGAAUAAUAUUAAUAAUUAUUCAGCUUCGGAAACGCACGUGAUUGAUGCUCAACUCAAGGACAAAGAUAAGGGAUCACAACCAGAAGAUUUAGGAAGUGUAAGAACCCAGGGUGCUGAAGCUCAGACCCAAAAUAAGCUUCAAUCUUCUAUAUGCCCAACAUCCUCGUCAGAACUUUCACCAACUUCUGUUACACAACCAAUAUCAUCUGCACCAAGUCCAACUUUACCAGAACCUAGACUGACCCCUCCCAAGGUUAGUAAUAAUGCGUGUACACCGAAAGCAGUCAAAAGUAUUUGUCUUCCCGUUGUGAGAGUCCAUAUGCCCGAUGGUUAUAACUGGCGGAAAUAUGGCCAGAAGCAAGUGAAGAGUCCCGAAGGUUCUCGAAGUUAUUACAAGUGCACUUAUUCUGACUGCUGUGCCAAAAAAAUUGAAUGUACUGAUAAUUCUGGCCAUAUGAUAGAGAUUGUAAAUAAAGGAGCUCACAGCCAUGAUCCACCUCGUAAAAGCAAUUGCACAAGAGAAAGCAAAGUUGCUUUGUUAUCUACCCCCGUUUUGGACGAUAGCAUAACAGAACAGUCCACUGGAAUGCUUACAGAUUCAAAUCAAACCACGUUGUCUAAAGAAUCUUUACAGGAAAUGCCAGCCAUUCCCGAUAAAAAACGUCAGAAUUCAAGUGGAUCCGAUGAGAAUGGAAAAUUUCUUAUCAAAGAGGAGCAUGCCAGUGAACGUGAACCAAAACGAAGAGUGAAGAAGGAGAGCUUAGAAUGUUCAGGAACUUCCUUAAAACCUGGAAAGAAACCUAAAUUUGUCGUCCAUGCAGCCGGUGAUGUGGGAAUUUCAGGUGAUGGGUAUAGAUGGCGCAAAUAUGGACAAAAAAUGGUGAAGGGAAACCCCCAUCCCAGCCCUAGCAGGAACUUCAGAGGGAAAGGAAAUCGAGUGGUAUCUAGCUUUGUGUAUGUUGUGGAGAUUUGUGAAUGAGAGAAUUAAAUGUCUGAAGUUUUAUAGAGCAGAGUUCCUCAUUCAAAUUUACACAUAGUUGAAUCUCGACCUACUCAUGUUCUGCUGCAGUUGCAUCCAAAUUAUAUAUCUUGAUCUCCCUCAAUCUAUGGCAGUAAGGCAGCAAGUCUCUAAUAAUUUCCUGGAGUUCAGUCAUCAUUGUUAGAUAAACCUCCUAUCCAUAGCCUAUAGUUUUUUAUUGGUUGAUCCUCUGCCAAGUGUGGUUGAUGGGAUUGAUUCUAAAGCUAAUUCCCAUAUUCGUAAUCCGGUUAUUUAAUAUUUUUAGCUGUAUAUUGUACUCUCGCUUGAAGCUAAAUUAGUUAACUUGCUCAUAAUAACCUCCUCAUUAGGAAGGUGGAUGUGCAAAUGAAGGAGAAGCUGAAAAGCCAAGUUAAAGCAUUUCGCUUUUUAGGCUAGGCAGUUUGCUGAUUGUUACUUGUUACAGCGUCUACUACAGAUGCUAGUCUUUCAAGGAGGUUACUCACUGUGUCAGACAAUUUAAAUGAAUGUUGAUACCCUGUAAGGCAUCAUAGCUUCUGGUGAACAGCUGAGAAUAUUGUUAUUUCUUUCAGGUAGUAGGUUGAUGCCUUCUGGCUCCUAAAUUGGUGCAACUGAACUGAAGCAUGUCUAGUUUGAGGUGGCUGGCUUAUGGGGAAACGUGUAUUUAAAUAAUCUCCACAAAAUAGCUUUCAACAUUUAGUUAUUCGAGUGUUUUCCAAUAUCCUACAACAAAACCUAUACACUCUUGCAAUAGUAUUGGCUUUUUAUUAUUAUUAAAUGGGUCCUCGGAUUGGUAAACUAUUCCAUUAAUGUUAGCAACUUCAGUUUUUGGGCAACUGCAUUGGCUUUAUGGUUUUGCAAUGAUGAGACUGAAGUAGGCAUAUAAGAAACCUUAUAUUCUUUGCUUUUUUAAUUUGUAUAUUUUUAUAGACCUUAUGUAGCUUUCAAUUUCAUAUGUUAAGCUCGUUGGUGGUUGAAUUUCUUGCAUACAGAAUAUCUUAAUGUCUAUUAAUUGUGGAAGCAGCAUUCCUUGGACCCGAUUUCAUAAACCAUUGAAAUUUUGUUAUUCAUUUCUUGAUCUGAGUUGCUCUUCCAAUUCAAUAUAGUCUUGGAUUUUGUUCUUUGUUCUGAUU